CUCUAGAGCAUUCUGAAACAUUGCAAUAAAAGAGACCUUUAUACCUUUGUCAUUUGGCUGUCGAUGCAGCAGAUCUAAGUGCAGAAGAUCAACUUGUGGAUACUUUAAUUUAUACAACCUGGAGACAAAAUUCCAGUCUGCCAUGGAAAAGGGGAAAGAGCUGUUGAACCAACCCAGUUCUGUGGCUGAGGAACAGUGCUGUGAAGAUCUGUCUGUGGGGAGCAGUUACCCGGUAGAAGGCAGCAGUGGCGUUCUACCAGCCAAGGUGAAAAAAAGCAGGAGUGGCAGCGUGAAAAAGGUGGAGGCCAGGAAAGCCCUGAGCUUGGAGGCCGCUCAGCUGGAGAUCCUGCAAGAGCAUAAAUCCCUCACUAGACAAGUAGCCAUCAGGUCGCAGACAUUUGAGGUGGACAGCAGAAGCUUUGAGAGCACUGACGACACCGGAGCACAAAGUAGUUUCAAGAAGCACAACAAGACAUUCCACAAGUUGUUUCCAGACAUUCCUCCAAGCGAAGACUUGAUUCAUGCAUACAUCUGUGCCCUGCAGAAGGAAGUGCCCUACCACGGUCGGCUGUACAUCACUGACAGCCAUGCCUGUUUCUACUCCUCAGUCCUGCUCAAGGACACUAAGGUAGUGAUACCGGUUUCUUGCAUCCACAUGGUGAAGAAGCAGAACACGGCUUUGCUGGUACCAAACGCCCUGUCGGUUCGCACCACAGAAGGAGACAAGUACCUCUUUGUUUCUGUGAGGAACAGGGAAGCUUGUUAUCGGCUGCUGCGUUCGGUGUGUACUCAACUAGAGGAAGGCAGUACAAACAGCAGCCCUGUUUUCUCUUCAGCUGAGAACAGCUUUGAUAGAUGCAAACUUGUGGACUCCAGCCAAUCCAGUUUGGACAGCUUUGAUCAAUGCGAUGGUUCCGAUCUGCAGACAGGAAAGGACGAGUCUGUGCACAGAGAGCCAGUGUCGGAUAGGAGCAGCUCCAUUUUCCAGAGCCAUCAGAUGCAGCGCAGCGACAGCUCCUCUUCAGAAACACUGUCCGUAUCAGGUGGAUCAUGGGUAUGGAAUGUGACAGGAAAGGCAAAGUCCCUACUGGUCCAUCGAGAGUGUAGCACCCUCAACACCCUGCUUGUCAUUUACUUGAUUUUGGUGGUGCUGCUGCUGCUGUCAUCAGGCUACAUCGGCCUGCGUAUUGUGGCUCUGGAAGAACAGCUGACAUCUCUUGGUGCUCUGUCUGAGUUCAAUCUACAAAGGGAGUACCAUCAGGACACGUGACCCGUGGUGCCCACAGGAGACGAGUUGACGUGAUUAGAGAAUGAUUUUUGCCUCUUUCCAGCAGCAGAAAUGGACAUACUCCCACUGUGUUCCCAACAUGCUCUGCGGUGGCAACUGCAGGACUGACCAAUCUGUGCAACUCCAGAAACAGCUAGCUAACCUGAAGGGCUAUACUUCCUCUCAAUGCAGUCAGCAAAAGACUCACCAGGACUUGGUCACACGGAGCCAAAGCCAAAACGCACACACUCAUUGCCUGGCUGCAGUGCGUCUGUGCUUCAAGCCAAAGCCAACAGGCUCAAACUACGAGCAAAGUUCAUGGGCGUUUUUCUGUUUCACAUCGGUGAAGUUGUUCUUAUAAAACAAUAUACAUAAUCUUUGUUCUGAGCAUGCAGUGUGCACAGGGUUAUACCAGUCAGCAUUAGCCUGCUGACUUUCAUUUAUUGCAGUGCUAUGCAUAGCCAAAGAGUUGCACAUAUCUUGCAUGAGUGCACGAAUGAUAUUCUAGCUCCAGCGUAACCUCAACAAUAUAUGCAGUUAAAUUUGUUAGAUGUGGAGUACUUCUGCUGGAAUGGUUAAGAUCUUCCUAAUCUGCCAUGGGUUGAAGUGAUGGCCAAAUGAGGCCUCGUGAAACAUUUCCAGGUUUUUCUCAGUCCAGUAAAUGAGGCCUCAUGAAACAUUUCCAGGUUUUUCUCAGUUCAGUAGAUGGCAGUCUCAUUUAAAAAAAAAAAAAAAAAACUGUAAACGCUUCAUAAGCCUUUCGUUGGCCAUCACAAAUUAUGACUGAAACCUUCUGAUCAGCACGCCGUGGUGGUCAACUUUCUCUGGUGGCACCAUUGAUCACAGUAUUAAUGUAUUUGACAUGACUUAAACCCAUUUAAUGAUCAAAUGCUCAGAGGUGACGUCUCUCGGGUCUCAACUGGAAAGCAUCAUCAGUGCACAAAUGUUUAAUACAAUAAGUCAUUCAAAGGCAAGUGCAGCCUGUCGUGUAACGUUCAUCAUUUGACUGACACUGUAUUUGUAUUCUCCCUCCGGUCACCUUGUGGAGGAGAAUUUAAAGUCACAUUCACUUUAAAGUCGAAGUUUUAAGUGCAAAAAAAAAAAAAAUGGUCCCAAAAAUUCAUUUUCAAUAUGCAGGACUUAUCUUUAAGUGUAGCAA